AUGUAUUGCGAAUACAAGGAAAAACUGGAGAAAACGCCGAUAUCUCUGCAAAUUUGCAUGCCCUUUCAUCCGACUUCAACCAACAUUGAUGUGAAAGUCGUGCAAAAGUCCUUGGAUUACAAUAAAAUUGAGCAGACAGGUGAGUAAAUUUACGAUUUCCGUAAAAUUUUCGAGUUUUCUAUAUGUUUAGUAACGCAUCAAACCGUUGGCCAACUAAUCCGUUUGGAGCGCAAGAAAAAUAAACGAAGAAAAGAGCCGGUCUUCGACGACUUUAUGAACAUUCAAGGAUGGAAAGUAAAGCAAGAAGACAAAAGCUGGAGUCCGAUUAGUGAUCGGAAAUUCAAAUUGACUGAACGAAGGCUUCGGGAGGAUGAAAUUGAUCUGUUGGACACUGAGAGACCACCAGAUUUACCGGAAGGAGAACUCAAUGAGUUUCCGGCAUGGAGUGACAUGUUGCAGAGUAAGCGGUAGUUUCCUAAAGGUGAUUGCCACAGAAAAAUGUCGCUGCAAUCGCGCACCAAAUCUCUAGCCGUGAAAGCGAUGAUAAACGAUUCCACGCGCGAUUAAUCCACAUUAUUUUUCCGACAAACUGAUAUCCAAAAGUGUCGCUGCGCGGAUCCCGUCGCUGAAGUGAAAAGCAAUUUGUUUUCUCGGCGACUAUGCGAUUUUCGAUGUAUCAUUGCGCCGAUUAUUUUCCCGACAUACCGAUAUCAGAAGAAUUUUUUUGAUCUAGAAUUCGCCUUCGUCAAAAAUUCCUUGUAGACGGACUGUAUCAUAAAGAAGUUAGAUUAACCUAGACUCCUCGAAUUGGGUCGGAAACUCUUUACACUUUCCCAAUUUAGAUGUGGAAGUCUAUGCGCCGGAAUUAAUGCUGGUCCAAAAUGACGAAAUUGCCAUGUAUUUAAUGAAAGAGUUAGAAAAACACUUUUUGAUAUGGAACUCGGAACCUGUCCUCAAUUUCCGCUCGGAAUAUGAACAACAUUUGGUUCGGACACGACAGUAAGUCAGGUGCACGAAUAAAAGAAAGAAUCAAAAUUACAGUAUUUACUUUGACAAACGCCCAUUCUGGAUGUUCGACCAGAAUUAUCAAAGCGCCAGCCAGAACAUCUCGAAUACACUGCUGGUCCAUCGAGCAAUCUCAAAUCAUUUUUGGACGAAAGUCGUGUCACGUCUAACCUAUCCCUGGGAUAAUUUACUGUUGAAUCAAUUGACGGUCCAAGACUUGAAUGUGAAAAUCUCCGAGUAUUUGAAAAACGCAAUGAAAGUCACGAAUUUCGAGUAAGAAUCCUGGUCUAGGUAAAAGUUUAUUUGCAAAUUUAAGUUGGGCCUUGGAGAUCUGCGAGAUCUUGUUGGAGAAAAAAGAAUGCUGGAUUGAGGACUUGAGCGAUGAACUGAAACGAAACCAGUUCUUCAAUUCGAUUGCUUCGCUGCAGGCCAAGUUGUUGAGAGACUUGAUUUACGAUAAUGUGGAGAUAUUGAUGAAUGAGCUCACUAAACGCAAAAAUGUAAGCCAAGUCUGCAAAGAAAAACUUAUUUUUUUGCGGCUCUACUCUGGGAGUUGGUUCGAAGAGGGCACCUGGGCGAAGAGGGCACCUUGAGAAAAAAUGAUAUGGUAAAGGGGGACCAAGGAGGAUUCCUUAAGAAUAAUCACAAUCCGCCUUGGUCCCCCCUUACCAUAUCAUUUUUUUCUCAGGGUGCCCUUUUCGCUCAGGUGCCCUCUUCACCAAGGUGCCUUCUUCGAACCAACUCCCAGAGCAGAGCCGUGAAAAAUACAUUCUUUCUAACCCUACAGUGGUUCUCCAAUUGUUAAAGUGCUGAAAUGCAUACCUGUUUUGCACUUUUAGAACAGCACAUUUUACGUUAAAGUCGAUAUGGAGGCCUUGUCAACGGAUAGCUACAGUGCCUGGGCGAUCGCCAAGCGGCUGAUUGAAAUCGGCGAGGACAUUGUGCGUGUGGAAUGCCGUUUGUUUCCGAACAUGUACCCGGAUGAGAAAACGUUCUCCGUCGCUUCCAGUGUCAUAAUGGAAAAGUUUUCCAUCGAGCCGAUAAGACCCUUUCAGAGCGUUUUCGAAGGAAAGCAGCGUCUGGAUGAAGCAGUGGCUCAUCUGGGAGAAAUUGAAGGCGUUGAGGAUGUGGCGGAGGCAGUUCGUGUAUGUUGCAAAAAAUGUUUUUGAAAUUUUACACUAACAAUUCAGUUAGCCGUUGGGCUACGCAAAUUGGCGCAAGAAACCAAGGUGGUUCGUGUUUUCUGGUUCCGAGAGCCCUACGAAUUCGAUUUCACCGAAGUGAAAAGAAACACGUUGGAGUCGAUUAAAGAGAUGAGGGAUAAAUUACACUCCAAGGCCAGCACUUUUCUCUACGAUACAAUGAAAGAGUGAGCAACUAAUAUGGCUAAAUUUCUUUUUCCUUUUUGUUUCAGUAUUGUUGAUUUCUACACAUGGUCGUCGCGAAAGUUGUAUGGCCAAGAUCAACUGGUUCAGAUGUAUAAACUGGUCGAGGUCCGAGACCACGACUUUCCCAAGUUGAAGAAGAAAUUGGAUAUUUUGCAUGAGUGUUUCGGCAUUUUAUUUGAGGAAUUUAAUUUUAAUGGUAAGACUGUAAGAUUUGUCUGUGUACCGUGAUAUUCAGCAGUAGUCGCAUCGAGAUUUUAUGCAUUACAUUGUAUACAUAUUCGUCGUUUAUGGUGAUGGCAAAUUUUUAGAAAUAAUGCUUCAAAAGUAUUACACGUCCAGCAGAAGCUCUUUCCGCCUUAGUUACUUGAUAACGUUGGUCUGGCAAAAGCUCAUGGUUGACAAAGCCCGCAUUGAGAAAGUUGUAUGUCACAUUUAUCAAGAAAAAAGAUGUUUCGAUACAAUUACAGCUAACCGAAAAGACAAAUGCCGUACAUUACGAAUCAAUGAUGUUGGACGAAAACCUGCGCCUAUGCGUCAAGAAAUACCGAGUUUGUCAUUCCACAUCAGACCUCACGGUGCUGGCCAGCCGCUUCGAAGAGAUCCAUCAACGCGUUGAGAGGUUGCAAGUCGAAUUUCCGAUCCUUGCUGCUCAGUUGGAGCUGUUCGAAAUGGACCCGCUCAAAGACGAUGUGGAUGCGCUGGCGUUCCGUGCGAAGGUCAUCAGCCACAUCGCUGGCUGCCAUAUCAAAGUGGUGCAGUUUGAAGAGGAAUUCGUUAACACCAAAGUCGUCGAAGUCGACGUGCCAUCAGUGAAUGAGCAGAUUGAAACGAUGAAUACGGAUUUUGAAACGUUGAAGAAAGAAAUCGGCGAACCAGAAGAUGAGCUGGUCUUGGAGAGCGCGCAAAUGUUCUUGCAAAAAAUUCAAGUCAUGAUGGAUCAAUUUAACAAAGUGUUGCCGGUGAUUAACGCCUUACGGUCGCGCGGAAUUAAGGCUAGACAUUGGCAUAAGGUGAGCGGCAUUGAAUGCUAUCAUUUUCAAGAUUUUCCUUAUGUCUUAUGCUUCUGGCGUGUUGUAAAAGUUGUUUUGUCAUCAUUUUUGCUGCUGCAGAUUCUCGGGGAAACGGAUGGCGAUGUUCCACAAGACCAUGAGAAUAUGACCGUCCUCGAGCUGACCAAAAUCGAUUUCCAAGAGAAGGACGCCAAGAAAUGCGAAGAAGUCAGUGAAUUGGCCAGCAAAGAGCUGGUCCUGGAGGAGAGCUUGACCCAGAUGAAGGCUCAACUGGCCGAAGUCACACUGACUCACAACAAAAAUCAUCUGACUGUGAGUUGGAGGGAUUAGCGACAAAAAUAAGCAACCUACAACUUGAAGGCUUUUGAACUGUCUUUCAUUUUUCAGGGAGUUUUCGAAAUGGAGAUAAAACCGGAGACGGUUGGACUAGUUGAGGAAUUGAUCAUCAAAACACAAAUGAACAUCUCCAGCCCAUUCGUCACAUCCUUACUGCCUUUACUAAAAGAAUGGCUGGAGAAGUUACAACGGCUGCAAAACAUGAUGGAUCUCCACCAAAAAUGCAUGAGCAAAUGGAUUUAUUUGGAGCCAUUGUUUGCCGCCGAAGAUAUUGCCUAUCAAAUGCCGGAAGAAUGGCGGAAAUUCCAAGACAUCCGAGAACGGUGGAAGUACUUGACUGAGCAAUUGGUGAGCAUCAGAAAUAAAAAAAAAAACAGAAUUAAAACAACGCUGGACUGUCAAUUUUUUCAGAGCCGAGUACGCAAGUUGGCGGAUCUGAGCGAAAUCAACUGUCCACCAGAAAUUAUGCAGUUGUUGGACAUGUUCAAAGUCAUCCAAAAGGGCUUUGAUGUGUACUUACAAAAGAGGAAAUUCAACUAUCCGAGGUGAGAACAGGAACCGCAAUGCAAUGCGUGUUUCAGGCUCUAUUUUCUAUCGAAUAACGAGCUGCUGGAAAUGUUGAGCCGUGCUCGGAAUCCGGAGAAAGUCCAGCCGUAUCUUUGCAAAAUGUUUGCUUCAGUGUAUGGACUUGAGGUCCGGAAUCAAUGCGAAAUUGUCGCUGUGCUAAGUCAACGGGGCGAGCGCUUGAAACUUUCAAAGGCUAUCAAUAUUCAUCAUUUCAAGGUGAGAAUUUCUUUCACAAAUUGAAAUAUGAGCGUCGCACUUCGAGCACUUCUCCUGCUAAUUUUUUCAGCGACACGUCGACAAAUGGCUGGCCGAGCUGGAGAGAGAGAUAAAAAACACAGUGAAAAAUAAGUUGAAAAACGUGAUGCGCAUGUGUGGCGAGGAUUUGCCUUCGAUUUUCGAUCUGACUGGCGACUUUACCGCGCAGUCAGUGAUCCUGCAUUGUCGGUUAGUUGCGACGAAAAAAAUCGAAAAUGGAAUUGUCACCGGAAAAUUGCCCACAUUGUUAGACUACUUCGACUUGUACAUUGAGAAGUUGAUCAAAGGACGAAGCGACAGUGAGGAAGAGAAGUUGCUCAUCGACAACCUGCUCAUUGAAUACAACGAUCAAAAAGGCAUUGUCAACCGGUUGAUCAAGGCCAAUUGCAAAUCGAUCCACAAUUUCGAGUGGACCUCGCAAAUCCGUCAUUACUGGAUGAACGAUGACUUGUAUGUUAGGGUCUAUAAUUUGAAUGUCCUGUAUGGAUACGAAUACAUUUCGAGCUCAACGCCAUUCGUGAUGACGCCGAUUAUACGGAAGGUUCAUCGGGAGCUAAUGACUUUCCAGACGCAAGGCUACGCUGGAAUGCUGAAGGGUCCUGCGGCGACUGGAAAGAGCGAAAGCAUCAAAGAGUUGGCUAAAAUUUUGGGUGAGCCUAUCGGUUCGUACAGUGACGGACCUGAUCCAAGGUGGCAGAAAACAUACCAUUUUACAUCCGAUAAGUAUCAAAAAAAUGUGGCAAAAUGCCUCCCUCUGCAACUAUAAUAAAAAACUCCGUUUUGAAGGGCGCGCCCUUUCCCUCACAACAAGAGCGGACGCACUUUUGAAAUCGGAGUUUUUCACUUGAAGAGGGAGGUGUUUUGCUACAUUUUUUGAUACUUCCCGGAAGCAAAAUGGUACGUCUUUUGCCACUGGAUCAGACUGCCACUGUAAAAUCGCUGAAGUGAUUCUUGACGUUUGCAAUGUGCAAAGCAGAAAACUUUUGUUUUUUCACUGUGCAUGUCGCCGAAAAAUCACUUCAGCGACUUUGCGAACAGACUAGUAAGACUAGUAUGUUACAUUUGUUCAGGAAAAUUCAACCUGGUCUUCAACUGCUCACCCAACGUUGAUCGCCAUCAGCUCGAGGACCUGAUGUGUGGCACAAUUUUGUCGGGAACCACUCUAUGCUUGGAUGAGUUCAAUCGACUCUCGGAGAAGGACAUGGCCUGGUUUUCGUCCCAUUUGUUGGGAAUUUACCAAGCCAUGACAACUAGUAAGCGAUUUACUGACUUUCAGUCUGUCCGGAAAAUAAUGUGGAUUCGUAGCGCCUUGGAAUCGCCAAUCAUUACCUUUUGCGACGGCUUGCCACGGCUGAAGGUUUGAUGCGCGAUGGCGGCGAGACAUUUUGCUGCGACAAAUCCACAUUAUUUUCCCGAAAAACUGGUAUACGAUUUUCCAGAAAACGCGAAAUACCGCGUCCGCAAUCUGCAAAUCCCUGUGUCGCCGUCGGCCGCGUUCUAUCUCACAAUUAACCCGAAAUUCUUGGCUAGAUCCAAUCUCCCGGCCAAUAUUUACUCUAUUGUCAGAGGAAUCUCUAUGAAUUUUGCUGACAUCAGAUCCAUCGCCAACGCCUUCCUAUUGCUAGCGGGGUUUCAAAAUUCAGAGAAAGAAACGAACUUACUUUGCUCCGUUUUUGAGCAGUGUCAAACUCUGUUGGCACCAAUGCAUCAUUACGAUUUUCAGGUAGGUUGAAGUGCUCAAAUAGCACUUCCCUGGCAAAUCACUGCGAAUUUAUUACGCGCUGAUUUUAGCUGCGAACAGCGCUAGCAACAAUAAAUGAGACUUUGGAACUAAUGAAAGGCCAGAAACGCGGCAAAGUUGAUGUGAGAGUUAUCGGGAAAGCCCUCCGAAACGUGUUGGAGCCCUAUAUUGUGCACUCUGACGUGUCAUCGUUCGAGAAAAUUAUGGGAUCGGCGUUUGAGAAGCCGAAUUUCGAAAAGCAAAAGGAUGAAAUCAAAGCGAAGGAGGUGAUAAAAGAGACAAUCGAACAAUUGGGGCUGAUUGCGACGGAAAAGUUUGUGGACUGCUGUUAUAGUGUAAGCUGGGGGUUAUGCAACUUCAAGACGGCGUAGAAAAACAAUAAAGCAUCUGUAUAGUAGCAAGUGACCAAAAUUUGCUCGUUAUAUCAAUUUGUCGGGAAAAUAAUGUGGAUUUGUCACAGCAAAAGUCUUGACUUGUCGCAGUAGCUUGAUUUUGCCGCGACACAAUUCUUUUUCUCGGCGACGAUGCGAUUUUCGAUGCAACGGUUGUGCUCAUUAUUUUCCCGACAGACUGACAGUGUGUUUCAAACUAGUUGUUUACGCCUUUAGAUCCUCCACCUCUCCCGCCAACGUCAAGCGUUCAUUCUGCUUGGGCCAACAAUGAGCGGAAAGUCGACCGCGUUGAAGGUUCUUCGUAGAGUCAUGAAACCGCUGCUCGAAAUAAACUGUAAAAUGUUUCGAAUGAAUCCCAGCCAGAAUGACUCCCAUUAUCUCUAUGGGUAUUACGACUCCAAUCGUUUCGAUUGGAUGACCGGCAUUUUGACAAUGAAAUUGGAGACCAAACUAGAAAAGGACGAAGAGGGAUGGCUGGUGUUGGACGGCGUUCUGGAUUCGGUUUGGGUGGAGUCGCUGAACUCGUUGUUUGACAGCAAUCAGAAGGUAGGAAACGUGGAAAGAACACACGAAUUGCCUUCAAUUUCUUACAAAUCAGCAAUCGACGUUAAAACUUUAUUGCUUCUUUUUCAAAACAGUUCAAUUUGUAAGCUGUAUGAAGGGCGACGUUCAGAUUUUCUUUAAGCUUUGCGCACGCGUUAGGCAUGGUCCGCAUAUCAACUCCUGAAAAUCUUAGCUCGUGCUUUGCAAGGGCAGUCGAGAUAUUCAACGAUCUUUGCGGGCAAGAGAGUACGCAAAACGCGGAGAGCGGUCAGAGAAAAACUUUUCUUUGACUAUAUCUUUGGCAGUUUCGCGCGGAGGAAAAAUUUGAUUUUUCAUAGAAACAUUACCUUCUACGGUAGAAAUCGACAUGAAACUUUUCAAGCCCAAAUUUGCAAAAAAACUCACAUUUUUUUCAAAAAAAAUGUCGGAUGUUUCUGCAAAGCGCGAACUAGAAAUCUCGGAUAUCUUUUAUAAAAAAAUUAUCGAAAUUUGUGCCAAGUUUCAUCGAAAUCUGGGCGUCGCACUUGGAGUACUUACCUUGUUAAAAAUGCUUACAUAUCAUUAUGAAGCAUAAUGUGAAAGAUACUCUACUCUAUGGAGUAUUCUCUCAUUUUUAGCUCUGUCUUGCGAAUGGGGAAAAUGUCCCGCUGAAUCCGGGAAUCAGAGUCGUCUUCGAAUGCGACUCCUUGGAUAAGGUUGCACCCAGCACCGUCAGCCGAUGCCAAGUCAUAUAUUUUGACGAGGAAACGGUAGCUUUACAUUUCCUAUUAAUAUUUUUUUUUCGAUUUGGACGGUGUAUCAAAAAGAUACAUAAAUUACAGGUGCCUCUAUCCGCAUUUCUGUCUUCAAUUUCUCCGGUAAUCUACCAAAAAGUGGUCGACGCGAUGCCACAUCUGAGUAUAUUGCGAAAACUGAAUAGAAAGUUGCUGUACGACCGGAUUGGUCAUUUAUCCAAAAUGUUCUCCAAGAACAAGGAGAUUGAGGAAAGUAUUUGGACAUUCCUUUCGUUCAUCGCUGCCCGAACCGUCAAGGAAGAGGAGCAUGUGGACAAAUGGCUGCAAGGGGUGAGGAUUUCGCGUCGUUGAUACGGGAUUGCAUAUGUGGCGCCUGUUAAGCUCUAGGACUUUUCGGGUCAGCGACAGUUAGGGUCGACGAUAUUUUGGGUCACACAGAUCCGUUUUUGUAUGCAUGGGGAGGCUUGGAAAAGCCUCAGUUUAUAGAAAUAAUAAGAUUGGAUCCUAGGAUAGCUUAUCGCCUGUUUUGGGGUAUUUUACACGUAUUACUGCAAUAAUAUCACGAUAAAACUUACGGUUUUCUUUUUUUGGAGCAAGGUUUUGUCUUUCCUAUGUAACAAUAGCACAGGAUGAAGGCGACCCGCAAUAUGGUUAGCAAUAGCUAAACUUUGAAAAAGUGGUCGUAUUGUAAGUCUCCGCAGAUCAUCCAACGGCUUUGCCAGGCUCUCGACCGGUAACUCCAUACCCCAUAGAAGUACUUUCCUUGUUAGAUAUUUCCAACCUUAGUUUUCCUAGCCCUGAGAGUUUGCAACGUUGAAAAGACCAAGACCUGCUCAAAAAAGGUACCCCCAUAUGUUAUAUCUUGAUUUUAUUGCAGUAAUGCGUGUAAAGUAACAAACUGCCAUAGACCUGGUCAAUUGUAUUAUUAUAUUUUUAAGUCUAAAUCACCUCCUAGCCGCCCCCAUGCAUCGAGGCAACCCAAAGUAUCGUCGACCCGAAACGUCGGCCGCUGAAUAAGAUUUGUAAUCGAAAAAAAGUCUGAGAAUUUUGUCUUCCAGCUCGAGGUGGACACACACUCCCUUAUCUGGAAAGUUCCAAUGGUUUUUGGUGGAGCAAAAACAGUGCGGGACGAGGAAAACGAACACCUCACCAAUUACAAUUUCAAAAGGGAGAUUAUCAAACAAAUGGUCAUGUUCAGCAAGUAUUUGGUGGUCAUUUACGGCCUAAGCGGGUCCGGAAAAGACGAAUUUGUCGAGCAAGUUAUUGGAGGUUUUGAACCGGCACGGUAAUUAUUGCGCGAUAAUUUUUUUAUUUCUUUUUGAUCCUUUAGGUGGGACAUUCAUUAUCUGAACUUGUCCAGCGAUUUGGUCCCGGUGGAUCUGUAUAAUUCCAUUAUGAAUUGCAAUUUGGUUAGGUAAGGUGGAGAAAAAAAUUGCGUGGAAUGUAAGGCGCUUUUUGGUUUAACUACAGUUCGGGUCGACAAUGCUUUGGGUCGCAUCGAUUCGUCGUUGUUUGCAUGGGGAAUGCUAGGAACAGGCUCAGUUAAUAGAAAUAAUAAUAUUGACCAAGCCUUAAAAAUAGUUUAUCACCUACAGUGACGGACCUGAUCCAGUGGCAAAAAAUGUGCUAUUUUGCAUCCGCGAAGUAUCAAAAAAUGUAGCAAAAUGCCUCCCUCUCCAACUAAAAAAAAACUUCGUGGCGCGCCCUAUCCCUCACAAAAAGAGUGGGCGCGUUUUUGAAAUCGAAGUUUUUUUCACUUGGAGAGGGAGGCAUUUUGUCACAUUUUUUGAUACUUCCCGGAUGCAAAAUGGUACGUUUUUUGCCACUGGAUCAGGUCCACCACUGUGUUUUGAGUUAUGGGAAUUUUACGUGUAUCACUCACUCCUAUACAUAAUAUCCAAAUAAAACUUACGGAUUUUUUUUGGAACAAUUGGUCCUUUCUAUGUUACAAUAGGUCGAGUCAAAAAAACCCAAGGUUAAUGUGAGGCGGAACGACCGAGCUUCGAGGAUUUUCCCACGAGGAAAGAUCUACAUUUAUUCAAAUUUUAUUAUACUUUCCUACGUGGGGCUUCCCUAUAAAAGGCCUCCUUUCCACUGAAUAAAUCACUUGACUCUUGAGCUCUCGUCUUGUCUCGUUACUGGGUUGUCGGGCCUCUCGACAGUUACAAAUAGUUAAAAUUAUAAAAAGUCUUUGCUUAGUCACCGCCGACCAACCAGCGGCUUUGCCAGGCCUCUCGUAGGCACCUAUUACAAUACAAUCUUUUUUGGGUCUCCGCCUGUACUACCCUUCUUAUCGACCGAUUUUCUGUUGACCCGAACUGUAGCUGACCUAAAACGCCGAUUAUACAAUUGUCUGUAAAAUCCUUGAAUAUGCAGACUAGGCCCCAAUCACUAUACCGGCGCCGGUGACAAGUCCGUUCUUGUUGUUCUUCAAGGCUUUGAACGGUUGCCAGUUCUCUCCAACAACAGUGUAAUGGAGUUCCUCCGGUCCUUGUUUGACUUUGGCCGUGUCUUGAAUCCGGCAAAAGAGACAGUUCGGUUUACGUCGGUCUAUUUUCUGAUCGACUACACGACAGAGAUUGUGGGGCCUCAGCAUUUGCCCAUACCGGAUCGAUUGCGAAGGCAUAUGUUUCCGGUUUUAUUCCACCAAACUGUAAGGUUGUUUCGAACGUUGCAACGCGUUGUCCAUUAAGGAGAAAGACGAUUCGGGAAACUGGAAAAUAUUGUUUAUCUUGGGUCGUCCAGAAAGUUCGUUCGUUUUUUUCAUUGCUUUGUUUUGCAAGGAUAAGUGUCGAGAUUAGGGUAAUCAGUGGCGUAGAUUUCAAAAAUCAUGCUCAUUUUUUGUGAUCGUUACUUUUUUUUCUUAAGUAGUACUGUAAAGUUGUAAUUUUUUGAUUUUUUUGCGAAUUCUUAAUUUAGGGGUUCUCGAGGGUUUUGAUUUCGAAAAUGGCAUCUAAUUUUCCUGAUUAUUACCUUUUCUUAAGUAGUAAUGUCAAAAUAAUGAUUUUUUUUUGUGAUUUCUUUGAUUAUUUAUAAAAAAUGUAAUUUUUUGACGUUAGUCUGUAAGAAUCAGAAAAAAUGGAUGUCAUUUUUGAAACCAGCACCCUUGAAAACCCCCAAAUCAAGAAUUCGCGAAAAAAAUCAAAAAAUUACAACUUUACAGUACUACCUAAGAAAAAAAGUAACUAUCACAGAAAUGAACAUAAUUUUUAAAAUCUACGCCAUUGAUUACCCUAAUUUUGACACUUAUAUACGAGAAAAAAAUAUGUUUCAGUUCCCUCAAUUGUCAUUCCCCAGUAGAUUCCUGGUCGCUUGCUUAUUCGCACUUUCAGAACAAAACCCUCCCCUACGAAGUGGGCUUCAACUUUCUCCAAGUCUAUCGCACCGAAUCACAAGAGCCCGAGCAAAUCGACGCCUUCAAAGAGUGCUUAAUGAAGGAGCUGGUCACGGCGACCUCUGAUAUUCCACAUCACAUUGUCCCGUUGUGUCACAAACUCAUGACUUGUCUUGAAGACAUGAUUGACGAGACUUUUUUCCAAUCCAACGAGUCUUUUCCGUUCACUCUGUUGCAGUUGCCGGAUGACGAAGUACCCUCGAUUUUCGACUACCCCACCCUCGAGAACCGAAUCAGCGAGUAUUUGAGGAAGAAGGGGAAAACCGAAGUGCUCCAUAGCUAUCUGAUCCGGCAGUUUGGGUUCCUAUACAAGAUUGCGCAACUCCCCAUUGACGGACACUGCGUUUUGAUUGGCGAGCCGGAGAAUGAGCCAGCCAAGAUGAUCGAGCUGGUGGCCGAUGUGUCGGAUAUCUAUUUGGAGGCAGCGCCAAGUCAGAUGACGGAGAUUUACUGGAAGGAGACGAUGGUUAAGGUACGAUGGGAGGGAUUGAAUUGGGCGUGAUGGGGAAAAGCUUGGCAGAUUGGCACCUCCCAAAAAUGAAAAAGAAGUCAAUACGAGCUGCGCCUAUUAAAUAAAAAUCAAAUGCGAGCUGCGCCCUAGAAAAUGAAAUGUCGAUGUGAGCUGGGGCCAAUGUGCUAACUGAAAGUUUGCUGAAAAUCAUAGGGCGCAGUCGGAGAACUUGCACGGGCGCAGCCCGCGUCUUGGGCGCAGCUCGAAAACAAGCUGCAACUUAGCUCCGGCGAGCUGCGAAAGUUUGUUUUCCGAGCUGCCCCGAGAUGCGAGCUGCGCCCAUUCCAUUUUUCCGAGCUGCACCCUACCAUCUUCAGCUAACUUUUAGCAAACUUCCCCUAGAUAAAAAUGUGGUGCGAGCUGCGCCCGGUAAAUAUAAAGUCAACGCGAGCUGCGCUAAGAAAAUGAAAAGUCAAUGCGAGGUGCGCCCAGGAAAUGAAAUGUUAAUGCGAGCUGCGCCCUGGGAAUAGGAAGUCCGUGCGAGCUGCGCCCAGUAAAUAGAAGACCGUGAGUUUCGCGCACGGUCACUAUAAGUUUUAGCGCUAACCUAAGCCUAUGCUAAGCCUAAACUAAGCUUUGGCUGAACCGGCUGACUUUUCAUUGCAAGACAUCUCCUCCGCAUGUCGCGCCUUUUCACUUUCCCAGAUUUUUUCGGGGUGGUGGCCAGUCUGCGGAACUUUCAAGGCGCAUCCGUUUAGGUGAUUCAAAUGUGCACCAAAGAGAACCGAAAGGUUCUUCUCCAUGUCACUGACGACAUGCCCUCGCACGACUGCCUCGAUCGAGUUUUUGCCGAUCUUUCGGUCAUUCUAAGCGGCGGGUUUCCCAUGCGGCUUUUCCAACAACAAGCCUCGGGCAAUGCGAUGGCCUCAAUUUCAUCGAUUGCGUCGGAAUGGGAUAAACGAAAGGUGUUGACCCGAAAAAUGCGAGAAAAUUUGCAUGUAAUCAUCACGGUGAAUCGGCGGACGGUCGGCCAUCAUCGCAGUGUGUUCUACGAGCUAUUCCACUUUUGUAUGAUGGUUAAUUUGGAUAAUUGGACGAACGAUGACAUGUUGUCGUAUGCUUCGAUGAACUUGGCGCAGCUGAAUUUGCCCGCCGAACAGGUCAGACGUUCCGUGGCGGAUCUGAUGAAAAUUCAUAAAUUGAUGGUGGAGUUACAGUAGGUGUCUUUCGGAAAUAUUUAUAAAGCUUAUCGCAGUGUAAGAAUUGAUUUAGCGAUUACUUUACAGCCCGAAAUUUGAGCACAGUGAGUUCGUCUCAUUCAUCCAAACCUACUGCCACAUGGUGACAAGAAAGAAGGAAAAACUCAACGCACUUAUGACUAGAUAUCAGACCGGAAUUGAAAAGCUGAAUAAGGCUGACGAACAGAUGAAUUACAUGCAAGAAGAGUUGGUCCGCCUUCAGCCGGAACUCGUGAGAACUUCGUUGGAAACUACGUAGGUUCAACGAGAGUUUUCUAUAGAGUGGCGGACCUGAUCCAGUCACAAAAACGGACAAUUUUGCAUCCGGGAAGUAUCAAAAAUGUAGCAAAAUACCUCCCUCUUCAAAACGAAUUUUUUUUUAUUUGGCGAGGGAGGCAUUUUACCACAUUUUUUGACACUUUCCGGAAGCAAAAUGGUAAGUUUUUUGCCACUCGACCAGGUCCGUCACUGUAUUCUAUCUAUAGUUGCAUAAAGAGUGCACUGAAAGUGCAACAAAUGGUAUGAUUUUUUGGGUAUGGUGUUAGAUUGCCCCUGAUGUUUCUAUGUCGAAUUUUGAGGUUCUAGGCCCAGCGGUUCCCGAGAUACGCGGUCGAAAGAAAUUUUUGUCAACCAGUAUAGGUUCUGUCUAACGAGGGCUUUUGGGGAGCUGUUUGAUUUUAAAGACAGCUCGAAUUAACAGGGGAAAUACCUCGAGUGCGACGCUCAGAUUUUGAUGGAACUUGGCACAAAUUUAGAUAAAUCUUUUCUAUGAUAUAUGCUAGACUUCUAACUCACGGUUUGCAGAAACGAUCGAGAUUUUUAGAUCAAAAGUUAAAAAAAAAAUUUGACACUUUUUUGCAAAUUUUGGCGUGAAAAGUUUCGUACUAUAGAGGGUAAUGUUUGCACAAAAGAAUUGAUUUUUUCCGCCCGAAACUUUCAAAGAUACAGCCAAAAAAUGUUUUUUCUCUUGCUCUCCUCAUUUCGUGUACUCUCUCGGCAGCAAAUAUCGAUGAAUAUCUCGGAUGCGCCUGCAAAACGUGAGCUAAAACUUCCAAAAAUUGAUAUGUGGCCUACACAGGCGUGUUAGAAAAAUGUAAAGAAAAUCUGAGCGUCUCACUUGUAAGCCUUCCUUUAUAAAGUCUCUCGGCUACCAAACCCAGCUACCCAUAACAUCGAGCUCAUUACAGCAUGUUGAUGAGUCAGAUCGAACGAGAAACGAUCGAAAUCGAGAAUGCGAGGGAAAUUGUGGCCGCGAAUGAGUUCAAAGCCAACGAAGCCGCGACGAAAGCGCAAGCGUUGAAAGUUGAGUGCGAGGCCGAGCUGGCCGAAGCCAUUCCGGCGUUGGAAGCGUCUGUGCAAGCGCUGGAGGUGCUGAGUCAGCGCGAUAUUAGUAUGCUGAAGACGAUGAAGAAUCCUCCACAAGCCGUGAGGUUGUGCAUGGAAGCUGUGUGCAUUUUGUUGGGAGAACAACCGGUCAAAGUGAAACAUGUAGGCGAAAGGGUCAAGGGCUGAGGUUGUUUUAAAUGGCGCUACGACUUUUCGGGUCAGCCACAGUUCGAAUCAAAGAUACUAUGGAUCGCGUCGGUUCGUCGUUGUAUGCAUGGGGCAGGCUAGGAGAAGGCUUAGUUAGCAUAAAUAAUAGGAUUCGGAUCUUCAUUUUUGCCACAAAUUUUGGUCUUUUAUAUGCUACAAUAACUCAGGGCAAAGAAAACUAACGUUAGUAAAAUCUAAGGUUAGAAGAAGUAGGCAUAUUGCAAGUCUUGGCCAAGCCUUUGCCGACCAUCCAACGGCUUUUCCCGGCUUUACUUUUGACAAUCUUUUUUUGGGUAUCCGUCUGCCCUACGCCCCGUUUUGAUUGAUUUUGUGCUGACCUGAACUGUCGUCGACUCGAAAAGUCGGGACGCGUUUCAAAUCGUUUUUUAGGAACGAAAAUCGAAGCUAGACUAUUGGCCGACCGCCUUGAAAUGUCUUGCCGACAUGCAAUUCCUGCGACGAAUUCGUCUCUUCGCUAGAGAAAAAGUUCCUCCCAAUGUCAUGAACAUUAUCAGAAAGUAAGUCGCUAUAUAGGACAUCAGUAAUAACCCAUUCGGCUUCAGGAAUUACAUCUCGCUGGAAGAGUUCUCACCUGCGGUUAUUCGAGCGGUAAUUUUGGAGUUUUGUAUUCUUUUUUUCGGCCUUCUGUAUAGCGUAAAUAUUCAAUUUUUAGACCUCUGUAGCAGCUGAAGGGCUAUGUUUAUGGGUUCGAGCCAUCGAAUCGUACGACACAAUCUCCAAACAAGUUGAACCGAAGAAACAACGGCUGAAGAACGCGGAAAUGAUGGUCAAAAGCAACAUGAAGGCCUUGGAUGCGAAACGGAAAGCGCUGGCGGUGAGAAAUACUCGUUGUUUUGAAAGGUGACAUGUUAUACGAUAAAACAAUUUAAAAAAUGAAAAAAUGGGGGUGACACCUUAUACGGUGAAAAAAAUUAGAAAAAUUUUCGAAAUGAGUGGUGACAUGUUAUACGAAGGAUUUUUUUCGUAUAACAUGUCACAUUUCUCCAAUUUUUUUCGUCGUAUAACACGUCCCACCCUAUUUUUUUCAUUUUCAAAAUUUUUUCAUCGUAUAACAUGUCACCUCCUAUUUUUUCAUUUUCAAAAUUUUUUCAUCAUAUAACUUGUCACCCCUAUUUUUUGUUUUAAGAAAUUUCAUUAUCAAUUUCUCAAUAAUUUGCCCCUUCAGGACGUAACGGAGCGUCUUCAACACCUCUCCGACGUCUUCAGUCAGCAAAGUCAGAAGAAACAAGACCUCCAGAACCAAAUCCAAGCCUGCGAGCAGCGCGUCGGCCGCGCCGCCCAUCUGUUGGCGGCGUUGGGCGGCGAACGCUCGCGUUGGGAGAAGAACAUCCGUGAGCUGGAAAAGGAGCUGCAGAUCUAUCGGAAGACGGUGCUGAUCGCGGCGGCCAUCAUCACGUACUUGGGGAAUGUGGAGGAUACGAUACGGAAGAAGGCGGUCUCGUUAACCGCUGCGGCUGUGCGCUACGAGAAGGCGUUUACGAUGAGGGUGAUUCUGGACCACACUUCGAUUCUGUAUGAUGAGAAGGUAAACAGUUUACGCAAGGAAGGGCGUCUGUAUAUUAGUCUGUCGGAAAAAUAAUGUGGAUCGUUGUGCUUUGAAAUCGCUGCCACAAAUGCUCGGUUUGCGACGGCUAGCCGUGGCUGAAAAUUUGAUGUUCCACUGCGACAAGACAGUACAUUUUCCUGCGACAAAUUCAUAUUAUUUUCCCGACAGACUUACAUUUCUGCCACUUUCCUUUGCUGUAGCGAAACGUGGGAAGUACCCCAUGCACGACGCUCAGAUCCUAAUACAGUGGGGGACCUCAUCCAGUGGCAAAAAACGUACCAUUUUGCAUCCGCGAGGUAUCAAAGAUGUGGCAAAAUGCUUCCUUCUCAAAGUGAAAAAACUUCGAUUUCAAAAGCGCGCCUGCAGAGGGAAGCAUUUUGCCACAUUUUGAUGCUUCCCGGAUGCAAAAUGGUACGUUUUUUGCCACUCGAUCAGGUCCCUCACUGUAAAACGUGGCUCAAGUUUAGAGUCACUUUAUCAUUGACAUGCACGAGAGGACUAGCCUGCGCUUUGUAGAAACGCCCGAGAUCUAUUGGUCGAAAGUGGGCAAGAAUAGGAAUUUUUGCAGCGGAUUUUAUCAUGGCAUAAAGAGCAUGAUAUAGUACCUAGUCCUACCGUAGAGACUAAUGUUUCAAAACAAAGUUUUUCUUUACUCUCUCAGCCGCAAAGACUGUUGAAUACUAGUCGCGGCAAAAAGAUCUCGUCGCACCCCGAAAAGUCGAUUUGUCGCUGAGAAAAAUGGGAAUCGCCCGCGACAAUAAGGCAAAAACAAGAAAAUUGCACUGUGCAAAAGCACUUUUCAGGUUCAUGCACAGUGCGGAGUCGCAGAAAAUUCUAAGGACUUUUUGCCGCGACUAGUAUCUCGGCUGCCCUCGCAAAGGGCGAGGUAAAAUUUUCAGGAAUUUAUAUGCGUCCUAUAUCCGACUUAAAAAAAAAAUUUUGGGGCUUCGGUAGUUCAGCCCCCCACGAAAGGUAGUUCAAACCCCCACUGUUUUGCCCGUUUCACACCCCACAUAAUGAACAAAUUAGAAUAAUACAAAAAAUGUAAGUGGGGUUUGAUCUACUACGUUGGGGGUUUGAUCUAAAACGUAGGGGGCUUGACCUAAAACGUGUGGGGCUUUAUCUAAAACGGAGGGGCUUCAUCUAAAAUGUAGGGGGCUUGAUCUAAAACGUAGGGGGCUUGUGCUGGACCAUACAACUUGGAUUAAUUCUUUGAAAUAAAUUUUGGGGUUCAGAAUGGACGAGGGGGGUUGUACUGGGUCAUGGGGGGCUAAACUGGACUGGGGGGCUGUACUACCUUAGCCCCAAAAUUUUUUUAAAGAAAAUCUAAGCGUCGCACCUUAAGCCCUUCCCUUGGGACUUCAAGCUACCAUUUUCAGAAAGAAAAACUGGUCGAAAACUACACCAUCAUCGACUACUCUCGCAAGCCGCCAUUCAUCAUCGACCCGCACGGGGAGUCGCAUCGGAUGUUGCCGCGCUUACUCGGCGACAACAUGGCCAUUGUCGACCUGAUCAAGCCCAAUAUCGCUGAGGGCAUUAAGGAAGCCGUGGAGCAGGGAAAGACCCUGAUCAUAGACAAUGUCAGCGCUCCUCCGCCGUUGUGUGUGACGCAGCUGGUGAAGCCGAAGUUUGUGCAUGAUGACGAGAAAAAAGUGGGGAUUAAUUGACUUUUUAGCAUUGUAUUUUUGACUCAUUUUAGUAUCUGCAAGUGGAGAGUCAUCUACUGGAAUGUCAUCCGCACUUCAGGGUCUAUUUACGGUCGGAUCGGCUGGACAAAUUUACCGUCGACUUUUUGAAGAAUGUAAGCUUGAGUGUUGCGCUGGCAACUUGCAGUAGGGGUCCUGAUCCAGUGGCAAAAAACGUAUCAUUUCGCAUCCGGGAAGUAUCAAAAAUGUGGCAAAAUGCCUCCUUCUCCAAGUGAAAAACUCCCAUUUCAAAAGCGCGCGCGCUCUUUUUGUAAGCCCUUCAAAACGAAGUUUUUUCACUUGGACAGGGAAGCAGUUUGCCGCAUUUUUGAUACUUCCCGGAUGCAAAAUGGUACGUUUUUUGCCACUGGAUCAGGCACCCCACUGUAUUCUUUAGGUAUGUGUUGUGAACGUUUCGCUCGGCCGGAAUGUGAUCCAAGAAAACGUCAUGAAUCUCUUCCUCAGCGUGAACGUCGCCGAGAUGACGCAAAAACGCGACGAACUCAGCGACGAAAAGACCUCAUUUCUCAUCCAAUUGGACGCGCUGGAAGAGCGGAUCAUGGAUGUGCUCGGAAAGUCGAAGGAUUUGGACAAUGACAGAGUUAUGGACAUGUUGGGAGGAGUCCGUGAGCUCAGCCAGAGCUACGAAAGCCGCAGCUUCGAGCUGAACUCCCUAGAGGAGAGGCUGGACAGGCUCUCCAAGAAGUUCCGAGAUCUCGCGGUGUUUGCGUCAAGACUUAUUUUCAUCUCGAUGAACCUCUCCAAACUGUCGCCGUUCUAUUUGAGGACGUUGAAAUUCUACUUCAACGUCUUUCGCGAGGCCGUUCAGUCGGACGCGGCGACGCUGAACGAGGGCAAAGUGGAGGAAGUCAAGGCUAAAGUCUUGAAAGCGUUCAACGAAAAGAUUACGAACUCUCUGUUCGCUCAGCAUCGCGCAGUGUUCGAGUUCUUGACAAAACAUGAUAUCGGAUACGAUGAGUAGGUUUUAGAUUCCAAAAACGAUUUUUUAUCUCAUGCGCAAGAGUUGUUGUACAGUGUGUCGGGAAAAUAAUGAGAACUCUGUCGCCAAUCCCGUCGCUGAAGUGAAAAGCAAUUUGAUUUUACCACGACACAAUUGAUUUUCUCGGCGGCGAUGCGAUUUUCGAUGCGACAGAUUCCUCAUUAUUUUCCCGACAGACUGAAAUAACCCACUCAAUUUUUAGGCUAAAGGACAUGUCCGAAAAGGAGUUUCUCGCCAAAUAUAUGAAGUAUAUGGACCCUACCGACCUAAAUCUCCGCCAGACCAUCAUCGAACAUGACUCCAGAGUUCCAAUCGCGAUCCUGCUGAAUGCUCAAUCGACCUAUGUGGUGCGCAAUUUGUACUCGAUUUCGCGGCAGGUCGAACGAAUUGAGCCGAAAAAUAGUAUGGACCCGAACCACAACCCAACAAGGAUUCAGAUGGCUCCGAUCGAGAAUCUCAAGAGUUUUGAUUGGAAAACAUGCUUGCUGGAUGAUCAAUGGAUCAUGGUGCAGGUAUAG